AUGCUGAUUGAGGAUGUUGGGGAUGAGAGUGACAUUGAUUCUGAAGACGAGGUGGAAGAACGUGAAGGCGAUUCUGUAACAGAGCAAGAUGGUGAGGAGACUGAUGAAGAUGAAGAAAGAAGGGACAACAAAACAAAUAGCUUUUAUUUGGGAAGAGUCCGCCCCGGCCCUAGCCACACGACAUUUCCAUUUUUUUAUUUGGGAAGAGAUAAUAAGACCAUGUGGGCCAAAAAGCCACCUGGGAAAAGAAAGCGCAAGGAGUCUCACAACAUCAUCACUAACCUUCCUGGAGUCAUAGGAAAUGCUAAGAAUGCUAAAACAGCAGUUGAAUGUUGGAAUAAUAUAUUCAGUGAUGAGAUCCUUGAUAUGAUCGAUAGAUACACAAACCAAUACAUGUACGAGGGUUAUUCCAAAAGUAAGAGAGAGAGAGACAUCAGUUCCACAGAUGUAAUCGAACUAUGGGGCCUUUAUUGGCUUGUUGUACGUAGCAGGAGCAUACAGAGGUAA